GCAGUUGGUAAAUCAUCUGCUUUCCCGGAAACCUCUGCCGCAGUCACCGUAAAUAUAAUGUGUACACCGUUGAUAAUAACGCGAAUCCGGUCGCAAAUUUAAAUUUUAUAAUUCCGCGGGAGUCAGAAGUCACGAAGUUCCUGACCGAAGAGCGAGAGUAUUGAAUUAUUACGAUGGAUUGCCUAAAACAGCCGGUAUUUAUGGUCGGGGAUAUCGAUGAGAACGUUAACCUCUCGUUGCCGCCUUCCUCCGGGGAAGAAUACAUCAAACGAGUGAUAAUAGAGGCCCAACAAUGCGCCGACGUGGUGGUGGCGGCCAAUGUGGACGCACUGUGUGUGAAACAACCUACGAGGAGUUACAUUGAACCUUUAGCAGGAUGUGUACAAGCACCGCCGAAGCUCAGUCCGACCUUGGAGUGGCAACAGUAUCAGGUCUCAGAUUUCUCCGAAAUGAGACUAUACGUGAACCAACUGAGAGAUGAAAUACAAACAUACAAACGCAAGUGGGAACCACACGAUAUACAUCUGCCGGACAUAAAUGACGAAAGUACUUGGAUCAACUUAUGCCUAGGAUGUAACAGCGAGGAGAAACUCGAACCGACACUGAACACUUUGUUCUGUUUCAACCAACCGACCGUGGAGCAAGUACUGGAAUAUUUCGUGCACUUUGUGGAGACCGAGAGGAAAAUCGAGUACAAAACGGGCCGGUGGAUCUACACGUUGCUCGUGAUGUUGGAGCAACCGUUGAAUCCCGACACCUGCUCUUGCCUGCGUUCGCUGGCGCGAAUAUGUUCCGUCAUCCGCGCCAAUUCCAGGGAGCUGGACGCGCAGGAGCUCGGGGCGCUGAAUUUAUUCAUCUGUCUGGUGGCGAGAUACUUCCGUCAACUGGACUUGGCCGAUCCUUGACGUUGAAUUCAUCCGACUGUACAUUCGACUAGCCGCGGGGUGCACGCGCGACGCGACGCAAUUAUAUCCUAUAUAUAUAUAUAUAUAUAUGUAUAUAUAUAUACAUAUAUAUAUUUAUAUAUAUAUAUAUUUAUCCGUGUACGAUGAUGAUGAUUUCAAUAAACGAACACAGUAUGAUGCGCC